AUGUUUUUGACACCGGCAUGCGUCGCAAAUACCGGCGAUACCUUCGAUACAACCCAUGAGGUGAAUCGAGAGGACACUACGACCGGUGGAGUAGGUGAAACGACGCGUAACAACUACUUCCGCGAAGUUCAGUUCAGUCCCGAUGGCACGAGUAUAGUGACCUUGAACAAUGACCAGACCCUUCGCACCUUCAUCUUACCUCCAGAUCUACUCGAUGACGGCGAGAAGCCUCGUCAACUACAAGAGUAUGCUGCAUUUAGGUCACCAGCAAGCAUACAUAGCUACGCCAUACAUCCAGCCUACGCCCUUCAGGACCCCUCAACCACCUUAGUCCUUCACGCAGCCACAGAUCAGCCAUUAUCCUUACGUAAUUCUCUGGACUACUCGACGAUAGCGGCAAAGUACAACAAUACAUGUCCAACGACGGAAGCUCAUCUCAGCUCCUAUAGUCUUGCUUUCACUAAGGAUGGUGGCCACUUUAUCUCAGGUGGCAACAACCAGCUCUCUCUCUUCGACUGCUACCAAGGUUACUCCGAUGCUAUCACUACCCAUCGUCUGGCUCCCGGUCGCAAAGCACGGAAGCUCUUUGGCGAUCAACCUCUGGGUUGCAAAGGCAUCGUCUCCGCUCUUGCUAUCAGCGAUGAAGGCAUGCUUGCUGCUGGCACGACCGAGCGGGAGAUCGGACUGUUCCCAGACGAAGGGCGUAGUGGAUGCCUAGUCUCGUUCUCGCUUGCAAACAAAGCAAUACUUCCAGAGGACGAGCCAGUGCUGCAAGGCACGGGCAUCACGCAUUUGAAGUGGAGUCCUGAUAGCAAUUACCUGGUCAUUGCUGAACGUCAGAGCGACUGCAUACAUGUCUAUGACAUUCGCAACACAAUCAGACGAGUCUCGUGGUUGAGUGGAAGGAAAGCUAAGACGACUCAGAGGCUGGGCUUCGAUGUUAUGCCUACGAGUGAUGGGUUCGAGGUCUGGGCUGGUGGUAAUGACGGUGCAGUGAGGAUGUGGAAGGACGCUGGGAAGGUAGAGGGUGAGCAAGUACCCGAUGCUGAGAUGAAGAUGCAUGGUGACGCUGUGGCGAGUACUGUGUGGCAUCCCAAUGGCGCUGUCCUUGCGACUUGCUCUGGGCAGAGACGCCAGGGUUCGAAUUUGAGAUACGACAGUGAUGUUGAAGCAGAAACGGCGAGCUCGACCACAAAUCUGGACAGGAUGCAGCGUGACAACUCACUCGCCAUCUGGACCGUCGCAUCUACUACCUGA